GGCGCAAGCCGGGCGCCCGGGAUGAUGCCGCCGCCGCCGCCGCCACCGGGGGAAGGGUUCGGGUCCGGGUCGGGCUCGGCGGGCGCAGGGAGCGGGACGGCCUGGGGCACGGUGGCUGCAGCGGGAACACACUGAGUGCCCGCCCGCCAUGUCCAGGAAGAAGACCCCCAAGAGCAAGGGGGCCAGCACCCCUGCUGCCUCCACGCUGCCCGCCGCCAACGGGCCCCGACCGGCGCGCUCCGGGACUGCGCGUCCCGGCCCCGACACGCCGCCCAACGGGCCCUUGCAGCCCGGCCGGCCCUCGCUUGGCGGCGGUGGCGACUUCUACGACGUCGCUUUCAAGGUCAUGCUGGUGGGGGACUCAGGCGUGGGGAAGACCUGUCUGCUGGUACGAUUCAAGGACGGCGCUUUCCUGGCGGGGACGUUCAUCUCCACCGUAGGCAUUGACUUCCGGAACAAAGUUCUGGACGUGGAUGGCGUGAAGGUGAAGCUGCAGAUGUGGGACACAGCUGGUCAGGAGCGGUUCCGCAGUGUUACCCAUGCCUACUACCGUGACGCUCAUGCUCUGCUGCUGCUCUACGAUGUGACCAACAAGGCCUCCUUUGACAACAUCCAGGCCUGGCUGGCCGAGAUCCAUGAGUACGCCCAGCACGACGUGGCGCUCAUGCUGCUGGGGAACAAGACCCUGUGCCUGGGCCAGGUGGACUCUGCCCAUGAGCGUGUGGUGAAGAGGGAGGACGGGGAGAAGCUGGCCAAGGAGUAUGGGCUGCCCUUCAUGGAGACCAGCGCCAAGACAGGCCUCAACGUGGACUUGGCCUUCACAGCCAUAGCAAAGGAGUUGAAGCAGCGCUCCAUGAAGACUCCCAGCGAGCCACGCUUCCGGCUGCACGAUUACGUUAAGAGGGAGGGUCAGGGGGCCUCCUGCUGCCGCCCUUGAACCUGGCUGAGCUCAGUCCUCUGGAGGAAGCCGCCGAGCCCCCAGAAGGCUGGACAGUCUCCAGGCCCUUCUGACUUUGUUGCCCAGUGGUCAAUACCAGUGUCUGUUUCCAGGAUCCCCAGGUCAAGCCUUGCCCCUUCCUCCUCCCAGCAGCAGUCCCAACAAGCAGGCUUCUGAGAGCCCGUGGCCCACACACUGGCCACCGUGGAAAAGCAGUCUUCUGCACAGGAGGGGGCGCGGCAUGUGGACAGACUUUGCCACGGUGCUCUGCUGCCCCCUCCUGGACACACCCAGGUGAGGGAGGGCUGGGGCUGGCACCACGCAGUGCCUAACCCUAGAAAACCCAUGUCUUCACCUGCACACACUGCUCAGGCAGGUAAGGGAGGCCGCCUGCCCACGCCUGGGACAGAGGGCUUCACUGCUAAUCACAUCGUGCAUCUGUGUGUCCUGGGAGCUACCUGGUCCCAGUCCACCCUCUAGGAGGCUCUGGCUCAAACAGCAAUAGGGUCUUCCUCAGUGACCUUGGAGGAUGCCUGUGGCCUUGUGAUAAAACGUGGGAAAUCACAGAAACGCCAGAAAACGACAACUGCCAGCCCGACCUGGCCACAGCUGAGGUCUGUGAUUUCCCAGCACGCUCCACCUUGCACUCAACUUGGCCUGUUGAUUGCAAGCCUGUUUUCAGUCCUAGUGAAUAAAGUUGUGUUUUCUGGA